UUUGAGCGGGAAACGGUGGAGUUGAAGCUGGUUAAUCACCUUGCUAAGUGUAGGUUAAUUUAUUUAAACAAGCGAGCGUAAGGAAACCGUCUUAAUUAACCUUGUAAUUAGAGCCCCGUUUAAAUCUUUACUCGAAGGCAUUUUGUAUGCCUAUUUGGAGCUUUUAUUAGCCUGGGUUAACAUUAGUUUUCGUGAAACAAUUCGGAAUUUUUCCACUCUCCGAAAUUUUCAAAAUGGCGACAGCAAGAAGGCAGCUGAAUAAAAAGCGAAUGGACGAUAAAACGGAGAAAAAUGCUUAUGAUUUUACCCCAGAAGAUGAAAAAAAGGAGUUGAGCGGGUCAGACGAUGAUGUGAGAGAAGAUGAAACUCCGAUUGUUGACAAGCUGACAAAGAAGAGGCCUGCAUCCAAUUUCGAUGAGGAGGCGACAGCGUGUGGCAUGGGAAAUGAAGUCCAGUCUAUGUUGGAGAAAUUUGGCGCUGAUAUAAAUAAAGUUAUGCACGCCAAGAAGAAACGCCUGGAGUGUUUGACAAAGAACUACAUGAAGGGAAGCCAGCACAAACUAGAGCAGCUUUGGACCAGCUACCAUGGACAGAGGAAGAAGACGACUCAGCAGUACCAGCAGCAGGUCUCCUGUGCACUGCAGCAGUGGGAGGCUGAGGCUCAGCGAGCUGAGGAGCAGGAGGAGAAGCUCAAUAAUUUGUUCCGGCAGCAGCUGAAAAUCCUGCAGCAGGCCCGAGCUGUGCAGAACCAGAAGCUGAAAGCUGUCAGAGAGCUGUACGAGCGGUUUCUGCAGAACAUGGAGGAGGUGGAGAAGAGCCACGAGAUGUUUCUGCAGGGAACGCAGCAGGAGCUGAGGAAGGAGAUGGCCACCCUGCAGAAGAAGAUUCUCAUGGACACACAGCAGCAGGAAAUGGCCACGGUCCGCAAGUCUCUGCAGUCCAUGCUUUUCUGAUCUGCUGUCAUCACCAUGACAGUUCUCUUGUUUUGGAUGUUAUUGCUGCAACUUUAUUCGUUCUUACAGUAGCAGUUAAAAUUCACUUCUCAACUUUAGUUUUUGUUUGGAAAAUAGGAAAAUAGAUAUUUAAGGUCUGUUCCAGCUCUGAUAAUUCGUUUCAGUUGCUACAGGGAGUGCUGUUCCUUUCUUCAUUCAGCUUGUUAAAGAUUGACUCACUUGAGUCACUGAGUUUAAUGUGAAAAUAAACAUGUUUCAGUCGAAUUUGCUGUGAGGUUUUAUUUCUAUUUGUAAACAUAGUGGUUAUCUGUAAGAUUACACCUCAUGAUUCAAAAGCAGUUUUUGAUAAAACAUGGAUCCAGAUGUGUUUUAACUAAAUUCAAUGUAAAGUGGGCUUUGUUCUUUUGAAAAAUUUGUCUUUUUUCACAGAUGACUUAAGUUGAAAUAAAUUUGCAUUUUCUGAAA